AUGGUGGUGGCGGUGGGGUUUUCUUCGGAUCUCCGACCAGAAAACGUUUAUGUAGCUCUAAACCAUCCCAAUACUCGUGCACAACAUCGCAACACACACACAGCUUCACGAGACCACCAACCCAGCCACCAUUUCACGGUGGCAGGUGGCUUAUGCAGGCAUCGGCGGGGUGUAGUGAUUUGCGAACGACAGCAACGAACGAUGACAGCAAAAUGCGCCUUGCCUCUGACUAAAACCCAACAGCAGCAAUGUCGUGGUUCCUCGGUGACGAAGGACAAGAGCGAUGUGGCGGCACCUAGCAACGAUUGGGUUGCUGUGGCGAAGGGAGGAUGGGAACGGGAGGUGGCUGCGACUGGAGGUAAAGAAAUGGGAGUGGCGGCCGGCAAGGAAUGCAUAAGGAGGGUGACGGCUGAAUCUUUUCUUUAG